AUGGGUGACGAAUACUAUUUACAACCACCACUAAAACAAAAGUUUUAUCGCAACAUGGCGAAUGUGAUGAGUUUCUUCAGCGUCGGAAAUCGAGAAGACUGGGGAUAUGAUAAAAUGAAUAAGCCUCAAUAUAUCAGCAGUCUAAUUACGCUAAUUUUUGCACCAUUCUGCGGCGUCUCACAAGUUAUUUACUUUUAUGUUAACUAUUCUGAAUUAACAUUUGAUGUGAUGGGUAUUAUGUUUUCUGUCUUUCCUGCAACGAUUCUGGCAAACGUGAGCAUAUAUUCACCGAAAUUUAAAAGUUACAAACGCAUUUCACGAAAUUUCUUACAAAAAAUACAUUUAUACAAUAUUUAUGAAGAGAGAAAGGAUGAAUUUGUGAAAAAUCAAUUAAUUGACGUGGAAAAGAAAACGCGUUGGAGUUGUUAUUACACAAUAUUUUUUUUCACAAUCAGUUGGUUUGGUUGGACAUUCUUUCCUGCCCUCAACAAUUAUAAAAAUAGAGAGUUGGUUUUAAAUCAUACGGCCCGACUUCAGACUAGCCUCUACUUAUGGAUGCCAUUCGAUUAUAGCUACAAUUACACUUAUUGGAUGAUCUUACAUUCGAUAAACUUUUACUCCGUUCUUGCUGGUGUUUCGGGGACGAUGAUGUUUCAAAGCGUCAGCUACAUGCUUGUUUACAACGUAAUAGGUCAUAUUCAAGUUUUAAAAAAUUCACUAAAAACUGAUUUCAAAGAUGGUUUAAGUGAUCAUGAAGUACGAAGUAGACUUGCAAAAUUAGUUAAAUAUCACAUAUUUAUAAACAAAGUUUUUAGAGACACAGAGCUAGCGUUUGGUUUCAAUGUCGCCGGCAAUUAUUUGCAAAACUUAUUUGGCAAUAGUAUAGUGCUGUAUCAACUGAUGUACGGGGAUAAAGGAAAUAAGAUGAUAUACAUCACAAUGACCAUGGCUUACACGGGUGGACCGAUUUUGAUGUCCUUCGUUCUUGAAGAAAUACGUAUACAGACACACGAUUUACCAGACAUUGUGUACAGUAUACCAUGGGAGAAUAUGUCUGUUUCUAAUCAGAAAUCAGUUAUGCUUAUAUUACAAAGAACUCAGAUAUUGAUGGAUUUUAAAGCUACAGGUGGCAUGAAGGCGGGUGUCGCACCAAUGAUAUCGAUACUUAAAACAACGUUUUCUUAUUACGUCAUGUUGAAAUCAACAAUAACGUAAAUCGUUCAAAGGAGAAACACAACCAAAACAAUUAUAAUUAUGCUAUCGCCGCU